GGUUAAAAUGAGAUGCUCCGCCCCUUAUCUGACUAGUGUAAAUAGACAGAAUCUGCUUAAAAACUGCAUUUCAUCAGUCCUGCAUCUGUGCUCAACUUCCAAACAAUGGCAUCGUUGACUCUGGUUUUAAUACUGUGUGCCUUUGUGUCUCUCAGUGAUUCUUACUGUUUUCUCAAACUUCAAAAAGAAGGAGCAAAAUAUUGUGAGGAUGGCGACGAUCAAACCCGUCAUGAGCUGGGAAGCACUUGGAUAAACAGCAAAUGCCUCAGAUGUAUUUGCUCCUCCACUGAGAUGGAAUGCUGCGACACGAUGGGUCGAGCGAUAAUCAAAACUGAAGGCUGCACUGUGAAGUAUGAUUACAGCACAUGCAAAUUUGACGUGUUUCACCCAGAAGACCCCAACAUCAAGUGUGAAUAUGGUGCUGUUGGAAAAUAAUACCUAAAAACUUCAAGCCCAGCAUUAAAAAUCAGUAUUGUGCACUUAAAAACACAACAGUUUUAGGAUACAACAUUGACUAUAUGCUGCAUAUGCCACUAUUGCUAUACUCUAGUUAUACCAAAAAGAUUCAAACUAACAAGACUAACCAGGAUAUUUGCUUAUAUCUAGAAUGAUCAUUAUAUUUGGAAAUUCUGAAAUAACUGAAAAAAAAAACUUGAUUACCAAAAGACAAAAAGGAUUUUCUAAAAAUGUUUGAAAAAUGUUGCAAAGAUGAAUCUUGCACUGCUUGCUACUUAAUUAACUGCUAUACUUUGUGUGCUUUUGCAUGAUUAAAUAAAGUUAUCUCAUUACA